AUGUUGGAUGGGAGCAUUUUGAAAGAUCAAGGCAUGGUGAAGUACAUUGCAGUCCUGGAGGCUUUCAGAAUGGACAACUAGAAAACACUUCUUCUUCUUCUUUUUGCAGCCAAAUUCUGCUCCACUGACCAGACAACUGUCUGCAGGGAAGCUUCUGUUGCAGACAUUGUAUUCCUCGUGGAUGGAUCCUGGAGUAUAGGAAAAGAGAACUUCAGAAGGAUGCAAGACUUCUUGUACAUCAUGGUCAGCAGCUUUGAUGUUGGGGAAGAUAAAAUCCGGAUAGGUCUGAUUCAGUAUAGUGAUGCUCCACACACUGAGUUCUUCUUGAGCACUUACAACUGCAAGGAAGCCAUCUUAGAGAAGAUACAGAUAUUACACUACAAAGGAGGGGGCACAAAAACUGGGGAGAGCUUACGGUUCAUACUGGAGAAUCACUUCGAGGAAACUGUUGGAAGUCGAAGGCAGGAAGGCAUUCCCCAGAUUGCAGUGGUGAUAACAGAUGGGCAGGCUCAGGAUAAUAUCCAAGAACCGGCCAAGGAAGUCAAGGAUGCAGGCAUCACACUGUAUGCCAUUGGCAUCAAAGAUGCUAGUUUGGAGGAGCUUCAAGAGAUAGCUAGUGAUCCAGAUGACAAGCACGUCUAUGAAGGGGAAGACUUCACCCAUCUGCAGGAUAUCUCUCAUAAUAUGCUACAGGCGCUUUGUAGCACAGUAGAAGAGGUGAACCAAAUCACCCACUUCUCCCAAGUUUGCACAAAAGCCACCUUGGCUGACAUCGUAUUUUUAGUGGCUACUUCAACAAGUAUUGGCCCAGAAAACUUUCAGAAAGUGAAGAACUUCCUCUACAUCCUGGUUUCAAGCCUUAAUGUGAGCAGCGAUCAGACCCGGGUUGGACUGGCCCAGUACAGCGAUGAGACCUUCAAGGUGUUUUUGCUGAAUCAAUAUUCACUGAAAAGUGACAUUCUGGAACAGAUACAGAAUUUGCCAUAUAAGAGCGGAGGGAGUUACACAGGCACAGCUCUGGAUUUUGUCAGGACAACGUAUUUCACUGAAUCUGCUGGUAGCAGAGCUCUGGAAAAUGUCCCCCAGGUAGUCAUCCUGGUCACUAAUGGGGAAUCCAAUGAUGAGGUCAAAAUGCCAGCCGACAAAUUGAAAGCCAGAGGCAUCUCUAUCUAUGUGGUUGGAAUCAAUGUCCAGGAUUCAACUGAGCUUCAGGAAAUAGCCAACAAGCCUUUAAAUAAAUUUCUGUUUGGUAUUGACAGUUAUGAUGUCCUUCAAGAUCUCCCCAGAAGCCUUUUGCAAACCAUGUGCUUUGCAGUUGAGAGCCAGAUUAAAGCAUUUACAAAGCACUAUGCUGAUAUUGUUUUCCUCGUUGACUCUUCUGUGAAUAUGGGGUCUUCUACCUUCGAGCAAAUAAAAAAUUUCGUUUACCAAAUUGUUGACCAGCUUGAUGUUGGGAUUGACAAAUACAGGGUCGGUCUAGCCCAGUACAGCAGGGAAGGCCAUGUGGAGUUUUUACUGAACACCUAUAAGAACAAGGAAGAUGUGCUCAAUCACAUCCAGGGGUGUGUCACAUUCCUGGGGGGCCCUUUGCAGACAGGAAGUGCCCUGGAGUUUCUGCACAAAGUCUUUUUCAAAGAAGAGGCUGGGAGCCGAAUUAGCCAAGGCACCCCCCAGUUUGCAGUGGUCAUCACUUCUGCCAAAUCAGUGGAUGGUGUUGCAGAAGCUGCAGAGGAGCUGAAAGAGAUCGGAGUAAAAGUCAUCUCAGUUGGUGUCCAAAAUUCAGAUCGGAAAGAAAUGGAGGUGAUAGCCACCUCUCCCUUGGUUUACCAAGUCAAUGGAGGGCAGAGCAUCAGUCAGCUGCACCAGGACAUUAUUGAUGUUUUGGAAGCCCCAGUUCAACAACAGUAUGACUCUGCCCUAGAUGCAAAAGUGCCAGCAGUAUGUUCUAGCUCAUCUGUAGCAGACAUUGUAUUUCUUGUGGAUGAAUCCAGCAGAAUUGGGUUAAGAAACUUCCAGCUGACCAGGACCUUUGUGCUCAAAAUAGUCAAUGCUCUGGAUAUUGGCCCAAAUAAUAUCAGAGUUAGCUUGGUGUUGUACAGUGAUGAACCAAGGCUAGAGUUCAUCCUGGAUACAUUUGAGGGCAAAUCAGAUAUCUUGAACUACCUGACAAAAUUGCCAUAUCGAGGUGGGAGUACAUACGCUGGUGCUGCCAUAGAUUUCCUGAGGAAGAAGGUUUUUACUCAAGAGGCAGGUAGCAGGAAAAAUCAAGGAGUGCAGCAGUUAGCUGUGGUUAUCACUGAUGGCCAGUCUUACGAUGACUUUGAUGAGCCUGCUUCUAAACUGAGACAUCAUGGAGUUGCUGUCUAUGCUGUGGGCACCAAGAAUAUCUCAGAGAGUAGCCAGUUGGAUAAAAUUGCAUCUUAUCCCGCAAGGAAACACAUCACCAACUUGGAAUCUUUUCUGCAGCUGUCAAAUAUUGAAUGGAAAAUAAAGAAACAGCUUUGCAGUGAGAUUGUGUCACAAAUCUUUGUAGUCCCAGUGUGAUCAUGGACCCUGAAAGAAGGUUGUGUAGACACAGAGGAAGCUGAUAUUUAUUUCCUGAUCGAUGGGUCUGGCAGUAUAUACCCAAAUGAUUUCCAGGACAUGAAAGUAUUCAUGAAUGAGAUGAUCCGCACGUUCCAGGUCAGUGCCAAUGGAGUUCGUUUUGGCGUGGUUCAGUAUGCAAGCACUCCUCAAACAGAAUUCGUGAUUAGCCAGUACAACAGCGUGAAUCAGUUAAAGGAAGCAGUCCGUGUUAUUCAGCAGUCAGGAGGUGGCACCAAUACUGGAGAUGCUUUAAGGUAUAUGAAAAGUCUUUUUGCAAAGGCCACCAGGGACAGUGUUCCCAAGUUGCUGAUAGUCAUUACGGAUGUUGAAUCCCAGGAUCAGGUGACAAAGGCAGCAGAAGAGCUGAGACAAGAAGGGAUUGUUAUAUAUGCCAUUGGCGUCAGGUAUGCCGUUAAAAAGGAACUGAAAGACAUCGCAGGAACAGAAGAGCGAAUGUUUUUUGUGAACGACUUUGAUUCCUUAAAGCUCAUCAAACAUGAUAUUGUGCAGGAUAUCUGCUCCCCAGAAGCCUGUAAGAAUAUGAAAGCCGACAUUAUUUUGCUGGUUGACAGCUCUGAGAGUUUCCGCCCUGUUGAUUUUCAGAAGAUGAAGGAUUUCAUGCAGCUGAUUGUGAACAGGUCUGAUAUUGGGGCUGAUAAAGUUCAGAUUGGCUUGUUGCAGUUCAGUUCAGGGCCCCAAGAGGAGUUCCAACUCAACAGCUACGGCAGCAAGACUGACCUAAGGAGAGCCAUUUCGGGAAUCAGGCAAAUUAAAUCCGGAACAAUGACCGGGAAAGCCCUAACUUUUGCCUCCUCUUACUUUGAUGAACCCAAAGGAGGGUGACCCAGAGUAAACCAGUAUCUCACAGUAAUCACAGAUGGGGAGGCCCAAGAUAUCGUGAGAGAGCCUGCUGAGACCAUUAGGGACAAAGGUAUCACUACCUAUGCCAUUGGUGUUCUCCAGGCAAACAAAUCCCAACUUGUGGAGAUUGCUGGCAGUCAAGACAAAGUGUUCCUCGAGGAUAACUUUGAUUCCCUUGCCUUUCUGGAAAAGGAGAUUCUCUUUGAAAUUUGCAACCCGGAGGAUUCAUGCAAAAGGACUGAAGUUGCAGACAUCAUAUUUGUAGUGAAUGGCUCAAGAAGCGUCAUAGACUUGACGUUCCAGGGCAUGCAGAGGAUCAUGGAGGCUGUGGUGAAUGACUCAGUGGUUGGAAAAGACAAUGUUCAGUUUGGGGCUGUGGUCUAUAGCACUGAUCCUCAGGAUUAUUUCUCACUGAAUACGUACUCUGCUAAAUCGCAGGUCAGAGAAGCAAUUUCUAAUUUGAGACCUACACUGGGGCUAACCUUCACAGCAAGAGCUUUGAACUUUGCCAGGGAGAGAUUUGGUAUGGCUUAUGGAGGUCGUAUAUCAUCUCUUAGUAUCACCCGGAUUCUUGUGUUUAUUACUGAUCAGCCAACUUCACCCUUGGAUAAACCCAAUCUUCCAGCAGCAGCAAAAUCUUUGAAGCAAGAUGGUAUCAAUGUCUUUGCUGUUGGAGUGGAUGAAGCCAGUAGAACAGAGCUUGAAGAAAUUGUGGGAGAGCGAGAGAAAUUGUUCUUUGCACAGAGCUAUAAUGAACUGGAAAGCUUACACGAAAACCUCACUUAUACAGUAUGUGAUAAGGCAAAGCCAGCUUGUGGCAACCAACAGGCAGAUCUUAUAUUCUUGAUUGAUGGGUCAGAAAGAAUAUCUGCAAAUAACUUUUCUGUCAUGAAAACAUUCAUGAACGAAAUCGUGGACAAUUUUAUUAUUGCUCAGGACAAAGUCCAAGUUGGCGUGAUCCAGAACAGCAAAGAUCCCCAGAAGGAAAUAUAUCUCAAUGAAUUCCACUCUGACACAGCCAUAAAGGAACGGAUUGACAGCAUUGUCCAGUUAAAGACCUCCACCUUCACUGGCAAAGGUCUGAGGUUUGUCAAGAGCUUUUUUGAGACUGCCAAUGGUGGCCGGAAAAAACAAGGAGUUUUGCAAAGCCUAGUAGUGAUUACUGGUGGGCAGUCUAACGACAUGGUGGAUGAGGCAGCUAUUGCUCUGAGGAAUGAUGGGACACACAUCUUUGCAAUUGACCUAGGAAGUCCAAACUCAUUUGAGUUGCUUCGAAUUGCCGGUGAUGCACGCAGGGUGUAUGUGCUGGAGAAUUUUGAAGUGCUGAAAACCAUAGAGAGGAAGGUUGUCACUGAAAUUUGUGAAUUGGAAGAUCGUCCUAGACAGGACUGCAACAUAGACGUUUCUGUAGGAAUUGAUAUUUCGAGGCGCAUGAAGUCUAUAUCUGCACUGCAUGAGAAGCAGAAACUGCAAAAGUACCUGCCCAAACUUCUACACCGGAUGGAGUCCUUGAAUAACAACAGCUGUACUGCUGAGUCUCAAAUCAACAUCAGGUUCAAGUACCAAGUAUUUGCACAGAACGGCCAGUCCUUGUUUGACUCUGAUUUUGAAGCCUAUGACAAAGAGAUCCUCCAGAAAUUCUUAGUUGUACAGACAAUUGUGGACACAUAUCUGAAUGCAGACUUCUUACAGUCAUUUUGGGAGAAAUCCCUCAGCCUGGCCUCUGCUAAAGUGAAGGGGGAGAGAGGUCCAAUGGGCUUCAAUGGAACUCAAGGAGAAGGAGGAUGCCCAGCUGUUAGAGGUCCUAAGGGAGCAAAAGGCUAUCGAGGAAUUUGGGGUGAAGAUGGUGAAAAUGGAAUUGAUGGGAUUGAUGGAGCUGAGGGAAAACGAGGAUCUCCUGGAUCUUCUGGAGAAAAAGGCAGUGCAGGAAGACAGGGUAGAAAAGGACCUAGAGGAGAAUUGGGUGAGCAUGGAGAGCCUGGUCUAAGAGGAGACCAUGGGGAUCCUGGAAUUAGCAAUAAUGUCUCUGGUCCAGAGGGUGAAAAAGGAAAGCCAGGGCAGCAGGGAGAACUGGGAACAGAUGGAGUGCCAGGAGAGUCGGGUGAAGAGGGCACUGAUGGUGCAGAAGGUCAGAGAGGUUUCCAGGGCUUAAAGGGUGGGCAAGGAGAUCGGGGGGAACCAGGUUAUCCAGGAGAUCCUGGCAUACGAGGCUCACAGGGUCUAAGAGGACCACAGGGGGUCAGAGGCCCUCCUGGACCACAAGGCAUACCAGGCCCUCAGGCUAAUCCAGGAGCCCCAGGUGCAGCAGGCUCUCCUGGGAAUCCAGGGCCUAGAGGACCACAGGGUGAACCUGGAGAUCCUGGUGAGAUGAGUCUGCUGGGACCCACUGGCCCAAGGGGCACGCCUGGCCCAGAUGGCAAUAAUGGGUAUGGUCCUGCAGGAAGCAAAGGAGCAAAGGGAGAAUCUGGAUUCCCAGGAUAUCCCGGUCCACACGGAGAAGAUGGUGAUCCAGGCAGUCAAGGAGAUAGAGGGUCCAAAGGAAUUAGAGGAAAAAGGGGAAAUGCUGGAUUUCCAGGUUCAGAGGGAAAUCCAGGGGAUCAAAGGCCUCCAGGACCACAGGGCACCAAAGGACCAAAGGGCACCAUAGCCAUGGCUCCUUGUGGACUUGUUAAUUUCACACAAGAAAACUGCCCUUGUCUAGUUUGUACAGCCAAAUGUCCAGUAUAUCCAACUGAAUUGGUGUUUGCCCUCGAUAUGUCUGAAGAUGUUACCCCAGCAGCAUUUGAAAGAAUGAGGGAUAUUGUGAUAUCUUUGCUGCGGGUCAUCAAGCUCAGUGAAAGCAACUGUCCGACUGGUGCCCGCAUCUCCAUAGUUUCAUACAAUACCAACACAAGGUACCUCAUCCGAUUCCCGGAAUUCCAGAGGAACAGCUUGCUGCUGGAAGCAGUCCAAAGAAUACCGCUGGAGAGGUCCUCGGGCAGACGCAAUAUUGGAAUGGCCAUGAGAUUCAUUGCAAGGAAUGUGUUCAAGCGGGUUCGUCAGGGUGUUCUCGUAAGAAAAGUUGCCAUAUUUUUCACUAGUGGCCCAUCACAGGAUGCUACCUCCAUCAACACAGCAGUGCUGGAAUUCGGUGCUCUGGAUGUCACUCCUGUGGUGAUUGCCUUCACCACAGGAGUGAUAUGGGAAUGGGAAAUGGGAAAUCUCAGAAAACCUUUCAUGAUGGAUGACACUAGAAGAUUUCAACUGCUUAUCUGGGAAAGGCAGCAGGAUCAGCGCUUGGAAAGCAUCACAUAUUGCACACUCUGCUAUGAUAAAUGCAAACCAGAUACAAACUGUGAAGUGACAGUUCCCCCACCAGUCAUGGUGAACAUGGACAUCACUUAUGUCAUGGACAGCUCUGGCAGCAUUGACAGCGAUGAGUUUGAGAGAGCCAAAGACUUUGUGAGUACCAUGCUCAAUCACUUUGUUAUCACCUCACAGCCAAGGGGAUCGGAUGAAGGGGCAAGGGUGGCACUGGUGCAGCAGGCUCCUCGAAGCUUUAUCUCCAACAGAAACACAAGCCCAGUGAACAAAGAGUUUGAUCUGAUCACGUACAGUGGUAAAAAUUUGAUGAAGAGACAUAUCCAAGAAUCUGUUCACCAGCUGGAAGGGCCAUCUGCCAUUGGUCAUGCUCUGCAAUGGACAAUUGACAAUAUAUUUUUCAAAGCCCCCAAGCCGAGACAACACAGGGUCAUAUUUACAAUACUUGGAAGUAAGACGAGUUCCUGGGACAGACAGAAACUGAGAGGCUCACUGCAAGCCAAGUGCCAAGGAUUCAUCAUGUUCACCCUAGCACUUGGAAACUAUAUUACCAGCAGCGAGCUGACAGAGCUUUCGAGCUUCCCAGCAGAACAGCAUCUAGUGCAACUGGGCAGGGCUCAACUUGAAAUGGCAUAUGCUCAGAAGUUUAGUCGUGUCUUCCUGAACCUCCUAAAACGAGGAAUGAACAGUUAUCCUUCUCCAGAACUGCAAGAAGAGUGUGAAACCUUAAAUCGAGGAGAUGCACAACAGCAAGUAACUGUUCUGGAAAGGAUACCUUUCCCUGAAUUUGGUGGAGUUGACGGUGGUGGGAAUUUGGAGGAGCUAAUGGAAAGCUGAAUGAUAGAAGAAAUUACAGAAGCCACUCAGGAGGAACCUGUAGAUGUCAGACAAGAAGAAAAAUAUGAUUUUGAGGAGAAGUAUUUCUCAGAGGGCAAUGCCAAAGAGACCAAGCUAGAGGAAUAUGGAGAAGUCCCAGAUAAGAAUGAAGAAAACUUAGAGGAGACAGUAGAAACUGGAGCUGCAUAUGCUAACUAUGAUGCUUGUGCAGUGGAUCAUGAUGGAGGAGAGUGUCAAGAUUACAGUCUGAAAUGGCAUUAUGACAAAAAGCAGAAAGUCUGCAUUCCAUUCUGGUAUGGUGGUUGUGGAGGCAACAAAUACAGAUUUGAAAGUCAAGAGGAAUGUGAAGCUUUGUGCAUAGCAUCUUCUUAGAGUGGAGAUAGUCAAACCACUUCACUUCUUCAACUAUGCUGUAAGGACAAUGGGGAAAAAGAGAUUAAAAGAAAAAGCUCUAAGUUAACAAUACUGCUUCUAAAUUUUAGGUAAAACAAAUACAUUCUUAUUAAAAUCCAUGUUGCAAGAGGGCAUUUUUAGUUGUUUCUUAGCUGCUAACUGAAUAAUGAAAAUGGAGUUACAAAAAUUGGUCAGUUGGCCUGAUUUAGGAAGAACCGGUCUAGGAAAUAUUAUUUUCUUAGCCAACAGUGCAUUAUUUAAAAGGGUAAGGUAAAAAUUAAUACUAACUCUUGAUAUUGCUCCAUACCACCAAAACAUGCACUUUUUAAGCAUACUGAAGAAAAUAAAUCAAUACCUCAGACAUUUUUAUAAAAUAAUAUUGGCGCUGAGAUAUUAAUGUCAAAGUGUUUUGGUUCAUUGGUCUGUAUUAAUCCUAGUUAAAAAAUGGGCCAAAACAAUAUUUUAGCUCUCAAAAGAUGUAGAGCUAUGAUAGGUCACUCUGGUCUGUAUCUAAUGUAGCCUCAUUCUCAGCCUUCUUUUAAAGAACCCAAUAUGAAUAAAUUCUUUCUGCCUAAAAUAUUAAGGUGUACGCCACUGUGUUUUUUAAAAUUGAUUUUGACAGCCUUGUAGAUUGGCUUCUCAGCAUAUAAAUCAACAUAGCUCAAAUUCCUUUCACUGAGGGAUCAGUACACAGACGAAAUGCCAAUGAUUGUGUAGGACAAAUACAGAAGAGUUAAGUCAUUAGUGUUUGGUACUGCUGGGAAAACCAUGUAUUUUUCUUUAAAGUGCAAAGAAUUUCAGGUAAGGUUUGUUUUUGUUUUUUUAAGUGCAUUAUGCUACUACUUUUAGAGCCUGUUCAUGAUGCUACCUGGCACUGAGUUUUAUUGCCGAGGGAACAAUGUGGCUUUACAGCCAUAGGGCUAGAUACACAAAGGGAUUUAUGCGCCUAACUGCCAUUUUAGCCUCCUAAAUCCAAAAUUUAGGACCUCAAAACCCUAACUCAGCUAGACCCCUUCAAGGACAGGUGACAAAGUCCUUAGGCACCUUAAAUUUUGCCAUUCAGCAUGUGCAUACUGCCAUAGUCCAGACACCGAGCUCAUACCUAAGGCCCAGCAGAAUGCUCAGACUAGAUAUUCCCCCAUCUAGCUAACCUGUGGGGCCUAAUCAGGUAGCUGUUCUCAGAGGACACCUAACAGUUCAGGCCAUGCACAAAAUAUCAAAGGAAGAUAUGGUUUCUUUAUGACCUUUAAUGCAGUGGGUAGAGCACUUCCCCAGACUGUGGGAGCCCCAUGUUCAAAUAAUCCCUUUGCCUGAUUUGGAGCAGGGAUUGGAAUCUCUAUCUCCCACCUGGCAGGCGUGUGCCCUAACCGCUGGGCUAUGGAAAAUUCUGGGGUGGGGCUCUUUCAAUCCCACCUGCUCAAGCUGUGCCACGUUGUAUAAAUAAUUAAAUAAAUGGUCAUUGGCACAGGCAUUUGAGUCUCUGACAUCCCAGGCGAGCACCCUAGCCAUUGGGCUACAGAGUCACUCGCACUCUUUUUCUGUCCCAAUGGAUAUUUAAUUACUUACACAAAGUGGAACAGCUUCAACAGGAGAGACAGACGUGAACCAGAAUACCCUAUAUCCUAGUGGUUAUGGCACUCUCCGUAGAGGUGGGUUCCAAUCCUUGCUCCAUAGCAGGCAGACGGUGAUCUGCACCUUGAUUUCCCAUAUACUCAGUGAGUGCUCUAAUCACUGGACUAAAGGUUAAGGGGUGGGUAGAGGCAGUGGCAAUAUCACCACCAUUUUUUUUUUCAAGAAAGGGCUUAGGCGCCUAACUCUAGGAGAGCAAUCAGGACUUUGAGGGGCUGGGCAUAGGCCACACUCCUCUCCUCAGCAUUUCCUCUUGGCUAGCUUAGGUGGCUCCCGACUCAGUGUGCAUCCUAUUCUUCGGUGUCUAACUCUCCCCUUGCAGUGUAAUGGGAGCCUAGGCACUCAGCUUGAGGCUGUGACUUUCAUUAGGCGGCAAGGCAUCUGAAAGAAAGUGAAGCGACACUGAGCCUAAGUCCCCUUUGUGGCUCUAGCCCAUAGCAUCCUAUUUGAAACAGUAUACAGCUUGCCCCACAUCGGUGGUGGUCACAUAGCACUUACUAUGCAAUCUAGUCUCCCUCCUGGAGGACGUGAUAUCACAGUGAUAUCACCCCCAAAUGGUAUCCAUUUGGCUGCAGCUGGGGAGUUUGUGUGGUGGGACUGCAUUGUGUGUGUGUGGGGUGGAGGGGGCUGAUUCUCUGUGUUGAUUAGAGAAAUAGUUCAUUGAUUUCUUAUUUAAAAAAACCUGAUGCAAACAUGUUCUAAAGCCUAUCCUGCUGAAAGACUCUGGCCAAUCUUAAAGCCUCCAGGCCUCCUGAUUUCCUAUGGUGAAAGUCAGUAAUGCCACUGAAACUGGUCAAGUUUGCAGCAGGAUAUUCAUAGAGUUCAAGUUGAGAAGGGAACAGUAGAUCAUCUA